AUGCCUCCCCGAGUAACAGUCAUUCGCCUCGCUCCGCACGCGACCCCCUCAACCCACCACAUCAUAUCCCAACCCAUCCGUCCGAGGCCACGCCAAAAACCCUACUACUCCAAGUCCACGAUCCCUAAGCGCCCAUUCACAAGCACCAGCCACGUCCGAGCCCGCGAGCAAAACUUCUACGAAAUCCUUGAUCUCCCCACCACCGCUUCGGCAGCAGAAAUCAAAAAACAAUUCUACGCCCUCUCCAUGCGCCACCAUCCCGAUCGCAACCGCGAAGACCCAAAUGCUAGCCAACGCUUCGCCCGCAUCUCAGCAGCCUACAACGUACUAGGCAACGCCUCCAAGCGCGCCGUCUACGACCGCGACAACGGCUUCCACCAAGUCCACGCCUCCUCCAGCCCCGGCCAUACCCACGCCCACCCAAUGGGCAGCCACAGCAGCUACGCAGGGUCGCGCCCAGCAAGCGGGCUCAGCAAGCGGCGCUCCGCGUUCCACGGUCCGCCGCCUAGUUUCUACGAUCAGGGCGGGUAUGGUGCGACCGGUCGACAGGGCGAUGGGUUUGCAGCUGGGAAAACCGGUCCUUCUGCGUCUGGUACGGGCUCGGCGGCUGGCGCUGCUGCUAAUGGGCGGUAUGCGGAUCCGGAGGACUGGGAGGGAUUUAUUCGGCGGAAUCCGUUGCAUCAUUUCAAUGCGCGGGGACAUUUCCGGACGCAGGCGGCGGAGGAUAAGAGGAGGAGGGAGAGGGCUAGCACGGCUUGGAGGGGGAGUGUUUCUGAUGCUGAGUGGCCGGGACCGGAGCCUGGGGCUGGGAGUGGGGUGUCGUUUACGCGGUUUUUGGUUUCUGCCGGUUGUUUGGUUCUUGCGGGUGCUUCGGCGGGUCUGUGGCCUUCGACGACACCUCGUGAUGAGGUGAAGAUGGCGAGGCAGCGGAGGGAGAGUAUAUCUUGA